AACUUAAGAAACGUGAACACAACGUUUUAUCAGUAAAGUGACAAAGAUUAAGAAAUGCAAUAAAGCUGUUGUAUUUCCGGGUGGAAUCGUGAAAUAUAUCGAAAUUAUAGUAUUAGGGAGGGUUUAGAUCGAUUUGGUGCGGAAAACGAGCCACAAUUAACAUGUAUAGCGACAGCCAAUAUUACAAAAAGAAGGAGCACUCCAAAGGUAAAACGACGAUGGAGUAUCGUGAUAGGAGUAGCCGGUCCAGAUCCAGACACAAGAGUAGAUCAAGGAGCCAUUCGCCACAUUACAGGAGACAUAAUGGACGAAGAUCCCCUCACAAAUCACAUAAAUAUCAACGAUACAGCAGUGAUUAUAUAGAUGAUAGAUCACCAAAAGGAAGUGAUUACGACAGUGAACGUGAUUACUCAAGAAAAGAAUUUAGAGAAUCACGCAGCCGGUCCCGUAGUAGGGAGCACAUGCGGGAACGUGGAAGAGACCGCUACAGAGAUUACGAUGGUGGUCACCGUGAUUACAGACGUAAAAGCAGGGAACGUCGGUCAAGCAGCGGUUCGCGUUGGGAGCGGAAAGGUUCUGAGGAACGGAAGUUGCACGAUCGGUCGUACCGUGACAAUGAUAGGGACAGCAUUGAUAGUGAACGUAGCUCUUCUGGCGGCGUUUUGGGUGCCAGCGGUUCUGAAAUUAUUGGUUAUAAAAGUCAACCACCCAAUAAUACGAUUAUGAUUCGUGGUCUUGCUCAACAUAUUACAGAAAACGAUAUAAGACAAGAUAUAAUACAAUGUGGUUUAAUGCCAAAGGAUAUACGCUUAAUCAGGAAGAAAGAUACAGGUGCGUCUCGCGGUUUUGCCUUUGUCGAGUUUACAACGCUAACGGAAGCCACGCGCUGGAUGGAGAUGAAGCAGGGCAUUCUCAUGCUACAAGACCAAUACCGCGCCAUCAUGCAAUACAGCAUACCCAAGGAGCUAUGUCCAAGUUCAGAAAAAGCUCCUUCGCAUAAAGCAUCCGCUGAUUGGUUUUGUAUUAAAUGUGGAGCUCAAAACUUCAAACGACGGGAUAACUGCUUUAAAUGUCACGCCUCAAGAAUGGAAAGUGAAGAAGGUGGCAGUGGAAGUGACGAAAUUUGCAAUUACGCCACCAAAACAAUCAUGUUACGGAAUUUGGAUGCGUUAACAACGGAAGAUACCGUAAUGUCGGUUUUAAACGUAACAAUUUCCGAUUUGGUCAAGAAAAUCUCCGCGGUAUCCAUAGGAAGGGAUCCUUUAACAUCAACAUCCCGCGGAAUUUGCUAUUUGGGGACAGAAAGUACGCUAGACGCGCUCGCUAUUCACGGUGCUUUAACGAAUUUGUUAACGCCUUUGAGUAUCGACGGAAAAACGAUUAUUUUAUCUUAUUGUAAAUACAACAUGGGGGACACUAAAAACGUUUAUUCACAACCUGAAGCCAGUAUUCCAACAGCAUCCGUCGCAACGACGUACACAUUAAACGACGUUGACCGAUUAGCGGAAUAUUCAGCGAGGAGAUACGCCAAAAACUUAAUCGAGUACCAGCAAUAUCUAGAUUAUUACAAAAGCUAUUUCACGCAGCAAAUAACCGCGGGAAACUCAAUAACUUUGUACCAAGAAAAUCAAAUGGACGCAGCGAACGCCGCAGCCGCCGUAGCCCAAUCCGCGAUCCAACAAAUGCAAGCAAACAAAACAUUCUUUGACUCAACACAUAUCUCAAUCCCAAACGGCACAGACGGCAAACGCUAUCCGUUACCCGACACCACGAAAUACACCUACGAUAAAUCGAGUGGCUAUUAUUACGAUGCAACCACCGGGCUAUAUUACGACUCGAACUCCACUUAUUACUGGAACAGCGUUAUUCAAAAAUAUCUUUAUUGGGACCGCGAUAAAUUAACUUACGUAUUAGCCCCGACCAAUUACGAUAAUUACGCGAAUCAAAACCAAGCGUCUUCAAAUUCCGCCGCAGAAACAGAAAAUAAAAAACCGAAAUCUGAAAAACAAGACAAGUUUAAAACGGCGAAAAAAAUCGCGAAAGACAUGGAAAGGUGGGCCAAAAAUAUGAAUCAACGCAAAGAAACCCAAAGCUUUAAAAACGUCGAUGUCGCCCAAAAUAAUAGCCAAUCAAUCGGCGCGGCCGAUAUCGGUUUUUCCGUCCUAGAAAAGAAAACGCAAGCGAACGGUGGCGGUACUUGCAGCAAUGUUGGAUAUAAAGAACCCGAUAUUGAACCCCCACCCACACCAACAUCGGCUGUAGCACCACCUUUAGUAGCCGCUUACGGCGAGUCCGAAUCAUCCGACGACGAAGAAACCGGACCUGUUAACGACUUAGAAUUCUUAGAUUACAACAAAUUAAUCUGUAAUCUAUGCAAACGCCAACUAAAUUCGGCCGAUGCCUUAACAAAACACGCCCAACUAUCCGCCCUUCAUAAACAAAACGUAGAAGCCCGUUUAAAGAAGAAGAAGGCCGAUCAUUCCGAAAAGAUCGUUUACAGAGAUCGCGCGAAGGAGAGGCGAAUGAAAUACGGCGACCCCGACGAACCACAACCCAGCAAAUUAAAGGAAAAAUAUUUAAAAUCGAGGGAAAUCACCGAAUUACCCGUUACCGCUUCUGUUUCUGAACCCAUCGGAUCUGAAAAUGUUGGGAAUAGACUUUUACAGAAAAUGGGAUGGACUGAAGGACAAGGUCUUGGUAAAUCUAAUCAAGGAAGAACAACUAUAAUACAAGCUGAAUUACAUAAUAGUACAGUUGGUUUGGGAAAUAAAUCAUCAAGUUAUAACGCAAUGGCUGGCGAAUCAUACAAAGACUGUGUUAAAAAGAUGAUGUACGCUCGGUAUCAAGAGCUCUCCGAAAAAGAUGGAUCGUAACCUCCAUGCUAAAUAUUUAAAAACUUAUUGAUUUAAAAUACAUUAAUUUUCCCCUUACGAUUUCCGUCGCGUUUUUUUCUAAUAUUUUCUAUUUUAUACAUAUUGUUAUCCCACAUUUUUCUGCAAAUUAGGUUUUGUUUUUACGUUAAUUAUUAAGUUUGUUUUAGGCAUUUAUAUUAAUUUAAUGUUUAAAGCGUGCCAAAGGCUAUGGGAUAACUAAUUAAUUCUCCUUCAAUCGUAGAAGUGCCGAUGAGAACUUUUGUAUGAUGCGAAUCGUAAAAAAAAGUAAAUAAAAAACUAUUGCUUAAA